CCAGAAAACAUGAUUUUUUCAUCAUAAACUAAUUCAAAGAUGAAGAUUUCAAUUCUGACAGUUUUUCAACUUUUUUCGUUGACAUCCUCCAUCUCAGUAAUUUUUGUUACUAAGACGUAAAGAACACGCUUGAUGCUGGGCUGCACAAAACUACAGCUUGAUGCUGGGCCAGUAAUAUUCCCUUUAUGCGCCCUUCUUUACCAGAAAAAGAGAUAACUUCCAAAUUACGUAUAAUCCCAAAUAUUGCAAACUUUUCAAUUGAGAAGUGCGCACAUGGAAAGAGGGUGUUUUGAGAGUACCUAGGACCCAAAACCCGAAAAAUAGUUAUGAAAAACGGAAAACCCGCAUUUAGAAAUUGGAAAAUCCUGAGACAAAUAUAUAUACUUCAACGUGGUUCACCUUUUCCCGUGUUUUGCAUUAAAAUACCUUCGUACCCGCAGUUAUUACCAGCAAGAAUAUUUGUCUGCAAGGCACAGGGUAGAUCCUUGCCUUUUUUUCUCCAAAUGAAGAUGUCAUCAGUGUUUGUGGAAGAACAGAAUUUCAAGGAAAAUUGGCGUAGAUUGAGGAAAUCUGGCAAUUUCUUAACGGAGCGAGGGAAUUUUACACCCUUGCCGGACGCAGAUACACGGAUUGCAGAAGUUUCAAAAUGUUUAGCGGGAUUCUUAAUCGGCUCCUUGUUAGAUAGGAUUUCAUCAUCGCAUGUUUUGAUCUUGUUAAUAUAUAAGUUGUUCAUAAAUAAACUUGUAUACAUUCAGAGGUGGCGCCAGAAAUCUUCCGACAGAGGGGUUGGAGCUUCCAACAGGGGGGCUAAGUUGACUAAAAUAUGCAGUUUCCGUACGUUAUUUUGUCACAUUUGCUCCGACAAUAACCUAAAAUUUUCUUCCGAUAGGGGGGCUGGAUGCGUCCAAUGGAGGGACUGUAGCACCCUAGCCCUCCCCUGGCGCCACCACUGUAUACAUUCUAUUGCCCAGUUGCCCCCUAUCUGCUAUUUUUUACCAGAAAGUACUUAUUUCCACAUUUUGAGGACGUGUUUGUUGAAUAAAAGUUGUUCAGCAUGAAACUGUCUUUCAGAAUAUGUACAUAUAAUGUGGUUUGAGCGACAUCAAAAUUUGAACCCCUGCUGAUCAGUGCGCCAUAUGGGAUUUGCCCAAAUAAGGAAUUCCAAUUGAUGGGGCUUUUUUCUGGUCAUUCGCAGUAUCGUAUGGAACCUAUGUGCCAAAUUACAGCUUUUUAUUAUUUCUGUCCGGGUAAAAUCAUAAUUCCAUCACACUAUCAGGUGAAGAACCAGAAAACCAGAUAAAACCUUAGUUUUAUCUAUGACCAUGACAACAAACCAAAACUCAGAUUUUGGGAUAGUUGGGAGUCAUGGUAGAACCUUCUGAUAGAAGAUGGUACCUGAUGAUGAUGAUAUCAGGUGAAAUCGCACUCUUCAAAAGAAAAAUUCGGUCUGAACUAAUCGACUUUUCGUGAAUUUCUUCAUCAAUAGGAUUUGCGCAAGGCUCAUGCUUUACCAUAUCUUCCUAGUCCUGUCGGCUGGUCACGACCUCUUUUCGGUUUUACAUAGUUUGAAUUUCUCAUGACUGUGCGAUUUGACGCAACUUUUGCAGUUUUCUGCUAUUUUAGUUUUCGUGUGAUCGGUUGCAGAACAGUCGAAAUGGAGAUAUGAGGGUAGCAGGUCCACGUUGGCCUUAAGAAGAUUCUUUUAUGCAAGUGUUUCCGGCAUAAAACAACAGUGCAUUGCAUCGAAGACCGCAUGGGAAGUGAGUUGUAUCGGGUCAUGUGCAAGAGAACAGCUUCUACAUAAAUAGUCACGCUUUUAUAAGAGCUACAGAGCUGCUGUGACAUUGAACAAGAAACUCAAUAGUCUUUGUCUUAAAACCUAAUAAAUAAAGGAAGCGUGCAAGUGCUCAAUAAAGCAUUUAAUUGGCAAUAUUAUCUUGCUGCUGGCAUCAAAAGUAAAACGGAGCAACUUAUUGCGAACUUCAGGAGCAAAGGGAAUCUGCUACUGGUUUUUCUCUAGUUUUUCGGAAGGGAUUAUUUUGUUUUGCAGAUAUAUAGUUUGAAAGUCACGAUGGAAAUUACAUAUGGAUUUUUGAUAAUCGUUUAUCUUGUGAUCAGCGGCAAUGGGCUGUUAACUUUAUCAGGUCAAGAUUUGUCCUCAUUGACACUGGAAGAGAGGCCAGGCUCAAGACGAGGCCAUCGAUCAUUACGCACAGUUGCAAAUAUAGAAACUCUAGUUGUAGUGGACAAAACAAUGGUUGAAUUUCACGGCGAAAAACAUGUGAAAAAUUAUGUUCUUACUAUCAUGAAUAUGGUUUCCAAUAUAUUUCGAGACCCCAGUAUCGGAAGACCAAUUAACAUUGCUAUAGUUCGGCUCAUCAUCAUCGAAAAGCAAAGACUAGAUACAUUCACAGUCACCUACAGUGCAAAAGCAACCUUGCAGAGAUUUUGUUUAUGGCAAAAAAGACAAAAUUUUGAUGACCAUCGUCAUCCCUAUCACCACGACGUCGCAUUGCUCAUCACUCGGAAAGAUAUCUGUGGACUAGGUAACUUCCCAUGUGCAUCCAUAGGUAUGGCAAUGCAGGGAGGUAUGUGCAGCCAAAAAUACAGUUGCAGCAUUGUUCAAGAUACCGGUCUGAACACCGCGUUCACAGUUGCACAAAUGCUGGGACACAACCUUGGACUGAAAUCCUUAAAACGGACAACUUGUGGUGCAUUUGGUGGGGGAUCAUACAUAAUGUCAGCAUCUCGUUUGCGAAGUCCUUUUACCGAUCGUUUCCAAUGGUCCUCCUGCAGCCGAAUCCAACUGGCACGAUUACUUAGGCAAAGAGCGGGCAGAUGCCUUUUGGAUGAUGCCAAACAAAUAAAAGCGAAGAAUGUCAGCCUUCCUGGACAGAUGUAUAGUUUAGAUCAACAAUGCAGAUUCAUUCAUGGCGACAAUGUAACUUUUUGCAAAACAAAACUAAAGGAAGUCUGCGGUGUACUAUGGUGCACAAGAAAUAUUCAACAAACUGGAUGCACAACUAACCGAGAACCAGCGGCUGAAGGAUCUUCUUGUGACGAGUUCAACAACAAGUGGUGCAUUGGUGGCCAGUGUGUUCCAAGGAUCGAAAAACCACUACCUAUCAAUGGUAAUUGGGGGAGUUGGUCAGGAUGGACCGCCUGCACAAGGACUUGUGGCGGUGGCGUUCAAAAAGUAUCAAGAGAAUGCAACAGUCCAAGGCCUUCCUUUAAAGGGGAACCAUGUUUUGGAGAGCGAAGACGUUUUCGGAUGUGUAAUACAAAGGCCUGCCCAACAAACUCGUUAGACUUUCGUGACGUACAAUGUGCAGCAUUUAAUCACAAGAAUUAUCGUGGAAGAGUGCAUUCUUGGAAAUCGUAUCAUCUUAGAGGCAGUGAAUGUUCCUUAGUAUGCAAAGCCGAGAGGCUUAGAUAUUAUGUGACGAUGAGUCCAAGUGUAGUCGAUGGUACAAUAUGCAGACCUGGAUCUUUUGAUCGAUGUAUUGAAGGAACAUGCAAGAGAGUUGGAUGUGAUAGCAUUAUUGGUUCCAAUACAGUAGAGGAUGUUUGUGGAGUUUGUGGAGGAAACAGCACUACAUGUCACCAAGUUCGUAAAGAUUUCAAGAAAAAACAUGGAAUCGGUUAUCAUACAGCUGAGUAUAUUCCGCAUGGAUCAACUAGCAUAAAUAUCGUUGAAAAGAUUUCUUCAAGAAAUGUCCUGGCUAUCGAAACAACAUUGGGCGAAAACAUUUUAAAUUCUGGCUAUCAAAUGGAGCGCCCUGGGGCCUACCAUAGACUUAACAGUAUUAUCAAUUACGAGAGGACUGGAAUGCUAGAGCGUAUACAGAUCAAAGGACCCAUAUCUAAGGAUAUAAAAGUUAUGGUUCUCUUCCUAGCAGACUCGUCAUCGGUAUCAAUUCAAUAUGCCGAACAACAUACUGCAAACAGAGCUGUUUUUACUUCACGUGACCGGCACAUUUGGAAGCAUGACAAGGCGGCUAAGAAUGCCUGGUCUAAAUGUUCUGCUACUUGUGGUAAAGGUGUACACAGUGGACAGUUUGAAUGUUUUGACAUAAUUACCAAUAGCUUCGUAAACAAGAAGAAAUGCGACAAAUCGGAGAAGCCGUUCCUCGUCAAACCUUGUGAGAAUCUUACUCCAUGUGAAAAACUGUUGCCAAAAGGGAGUUGGACGCAUGGUGCAUGGGGUUCAUGCUCAGUUUCUUGUGGAGAGGGUGUAAAAAGAAGAACGGUUGCUUGCACAAAGGUUGGCACUAAUAUAAUCAUCAGCGAAAAAUUCUGCGGAAAAAAGAAACCAAGAUCUGAGAAGAAGUGCAAUCAUGCCAGAUGCCCUAAAGAAGCAAGUUUUUGGUUAUUUGGAGAAUGGAGCAAUUGUUCUGUUAAAUGUGGAGAAGGAAUUCGACGUCGUGUAGUCCAAUGCACAAGUUUAGCUGGCAAAAGGCUCCCUUCAUCACAUUGCAAUAUUGCAGAGAAACUACCGGAAACGGCACGCUGCACUGUUCCAUGUGUUAAGUGGGUUGCAGGGGAAUGGGGAAAGUGCCCGUCAAACUGCAAGGAAAAACAACGAAGAUGUAUCUUGUGCAUCAAUAUGCACACAUUUGCCCAUUCAACGGAAUGCAGCGACUCAGACAAACCACCCGAAGAAAGGACCUGCCCCAUCAAUGAUUGUAGUUAGUUGUCGGUGUAAAUAUUCUAGAGUCCUUUUAAUAGGUACAUCCAUUAAGACUGUUUUUAUCGAACGAUAUAAGACAUAUUUAUAUGAAGGAAGAUAUGUUAUGUAUAUGUCGCUAAGUUGUUGUAAUUGCGGUUUUUAACGCCUCUUUGGAGCGUAAAAGAUAACGUUUUGCUUUCUUGUUAAAGGAGAAAACUUGUUAUAAAAAGUAGAUAAGUUAUUGAAUCGAAAUUAUAA